UAAACAAAAAAACAAGAGGCAGAAGAGUCCAGACAAGCUGCUGGAUCUUUUUGUCCACUAAAACUUUAAUUUCUCCUUUUUGCUUCUAUUGGAUUAUCACUGUAUCACAACAAGAGGGACAGCAGCUGAGACACAUGGCGCUCCUGAAGUCAGGCUGGCUGUGGAGACAGACGUCCUAUCUAAAACGCUGGAAGUUAAACUGGUGUGACCUCUGGAUAGAUGGGAGUCUUUGCUUUUACAAGACUGACAGCAGGCGAGAGCUGGAGCACCGCGUCAGCCUCAAGAUGUCAUGCGUAGAUGUGAGGUCUGGCCUGGAGUGUGGAGGUGUGACUCCACCAGAGAGUAACCCGAGGGAGAAUCUCAUUGUGGUUCAGCUCGCAAACGGCUCAACAGUCAACCUGUGUGCUAACAGCGAGGAUGAGUCCAUAGCGUGGAAACUGACUCUGCUGGACACCAGGAGAAACCCGGUGUUCACAUACGACCCAUAUGAUGACUCCUACCAGGCUGUGCCCAUCAACAACUACCAUACCGUCUACAUCACACCUGGAGCAGGACCAGGAACCCACCAGGUGGUUGUUCACAGGGACCCAUUUGAUGGAGUUUUUGAGCAUCUAGCACUGGGAUUACUGGCAGGCAUGGCUGCAGGGACAGCCAUGCGAUCCUUCCUCUGGAUGCCCAUCUUUUUCUGCUGAGAUGAUCUCCAUUACUGACAUGACAGCACUGCACACAACCUGUGUGGGAUCCAGAAUGACAUCAGCAUGUGUAGAAAAGCCUCAUCUUUUGUAUCCUUACUUUUCAAAUCAUGUCUGCUGCUCUUAUGUGGACUUUGCAUGUAAGAAGCUGAAAAGGAUGUUGUAAUUAUGCUCUUUGUGCUUGUACAUACAAAACACUGAAUCAUGUGCAUAUGCAUCAUCAGAAAGUUGAUUUUGUAUGUGACUGUUCUUUAAACUGCUGCCUGAAUUUUACUCUUGAUAGCUUGAUAUAAGUGUAGUUAUAAAAUAUGUAGCGUGUUCUAGGAAAUAAAUUGACAUAUUAGAAUAUGAUAAAGGACAGUGAGCUACAAUUAUUGUUUCAUUGCACACAACAAAGCACAAUUAAUGCUUUGGAUGAAAACACCCUGAUGACGACAAUGAAAUUAAGUUUAAGUUUCCACAAAAAGCUAGUAAAAGGACCCUGAGUAAAGAUUUGUAUGCCUCUG